CGGGUAGCCUGUAGAACGCGCGCGCGUGUAUAAUAUACAGUUUUGCGCGCGAGAUAUUCUGUAAGCUCGACCUGUUUGUCAGCUAAGCUACGGAAGGGUUAUGGCGCUACAAAUAACUAAUAAUUGUCCUUAAAAAUUCGGCGGUGCCUCAGAAGUAAACGUUAUAAACAAAAAGGAAGGCUGUUCUUUAGAGAUAUAGUGUUUAAAAGUUAGUUCGUUUUACUGAGCCACUUGUCUGAGGUAAGUUGUAAUUCAGAGCUAAAUGCUAACUCUGUAUUCAGCGAGGCUGCGGUUCUGCUCAACUAGCAGCUUGAGCCUGACUUUCCCCGGGUGAAGCGCAGUGCUGUGCGGAUCUGUGCACGAUGAACUGUGAGCUGUUGGCCACAUGCAGUGCUCUCGGGUAUUUGGAGGGGGAUAAAUACCACAAAGAGCCUGACUGCUUGGAGAGUGUAAAAGACCUGAUUCGCUACCUGAGGCAUGAGGAUGAGACAAGGGACGUCAGACAGCAGCUGGGAGCUGGCCAGAUCCUCCAGAAUGACCUUUUACCUAUCAUAACACAGCAUGGACAGGACAAGCCUCUGUUUGAUGCCUGCAUCAGGCUCAUGGUGAACUUGACCCAGCCUGCACUUCUCUGCUUUGGAAAAAUCCCAAGUGACGCCACAUUCCGACACCAUUUCCUUCAAGUGGUGACUUAUCUACAAGGAUAUAAGGAGGCGUUUGCCAAUGAGAAAGUGUUUACAGUCCUGAGUGAGACGCUGUAUAAUCUGCUGCAGCUGGAUUGGGAACAGAGACAGGAGGAAGAUAACUUGCUGAUUGAGAGAAUUUUGCUGCUUAUCAGGAAUGUGCUGCAUGUCCCUGCUGACCCCACUGAGGAAAAGAAUGUGGAUGAUGAUGCCAGUGUACAUGACAAGCUGCUGUGGGCGAUCCAUAUGAGCGGGAUGGAUGACCUGCUGAAGUUCCUGGCCAGUGCACAAAGUGAACAGCUGUGGAGCAUGCAUGUGCUGGAGAUCAUCUCGCUCAUGUUUAGAGAUCAGACUCCUGAGCUGCUGGUGAGUGCAGGACAGAGCCGCUCCACACAGGAGAAACAGAAAGACACACAAGAGCUAGAAGUUCUCAGACAGAAAGAGCAGGCAGAGAAACGGACCCGCACGCUACAGAGAGGAACCAGGCACUCACGUUUUCGAGGCUCAUAUGUAGUCCAGGGAUUAAAGUCUAUUGGUGAGAAGGAUGUCAUUUUCCACCAAGGACUCCACAAUUUUAAGAACUAUUCUCAUGACUCUGGGAAGGCUGUGAGGCGUGUGCCCAAGCGUAAACAGACGGCUCGAGACACUGAGACCCAGCGCCGCUCUGUCCUGAACGUGCGGAUCUUCCUGCGCGAAUUCUGCAUAGACUUUCUGGAGAACUGCUACAAUAGACUUAUGUACCUUGUCAAGGAGUCAUUAAUUCGUGAACAGGGCCAGCAGCAUGAUGAGACUUAUUACCUGUGGAGUCUGAACUUCUUCAUGGCCUUUAACCGCGGCAAUGGCUGCAGGCCUGAGCUGGUCUCUGAGACACUCUCCAUCCGUACUUUCCACUUCAUAGAGAAGAACAUCACCAACUACUAUGAGAUGAUGCUCACUGACCGCAAAGAGGCUACAUCAUGGUCUCGCAGGAUGCAUUUGGCUUUGAAGGCCUAUCAAGAACUCUUGAUGACUUUAAAUGAAAUGGAUCGCUCUAAAGAUGAGAACAUCCGCCAGAGUGCAAAUGUUAUAAAGAGUAAUAUCUUCUAUCUGAUGGAGUUCAGGGAGAUUUUCCUCACCCUCUUGCGGAAAUUUGAUGAGAGAAUGCAGCCACGCUCCUUUCUGCGUGAUCUGGUAGAAUCCACGCAUCUGUUUUUGCGAAUGCUCGAACGUUUCUGCAAGGGCCGAAACAAUCUGCUUGUGCAGAAAAAGAAGACAAAAAGGAAAAAGAAGAAAAAGAAUUUAACUGAACAUGUAGAGAAUACUCCAGAAGCACUGGAGGAAACAUGGCAAAUCGUGUCUCAGGAGCUCAGGGCCUCUGGCUUUCAGUUAUCAGAAGCUCUGCGAGAAGGUGCUGUGCCCUUUGAUGCUACUUCUGAGGUUCCUGUUACUGAGCAGCGGACUGAAGCCAUGAUUCGUAUUCAAGAUGCUUUGCUCGCCCGCACUGGGCCAGAAGCACUCGGGUUACUACGGGCUGCACGUGAGGUGUGGCCAGAGGGAGACGUGUUUGGUUCUGCUGAGGUAGAACCUGAAGAAGAGCUUGAUCUUCUGAAGCAGAUUCUCUUCGCUGAACUUCCCAGACCAGCUCAGGCAGAGCCUGCAAUGGACGAGGAUGAUGAAGGGGCAGAACUAGAUGAGGAAGAAGAACUGGAGACUGUGCGCGUAUCUGAAACGGAGUUCAGCUUUUUGGAUUUUAUCAAGAGGUUUGCAAGCCCAAACGUUGUUCAGCCAUAUUUGGUGUUGCUGCGCUCCUACUCAAAAAACACACCACAUACCAACCACUGCAUUGCCCGCAUGCUUUACCGUAUUGCUGUGGACCUGAAGAUGGAUGCUUUGCUUUUCCAGCUUUCUGUCUUCCACCUCUUCAAUAAAAUCUUCACUGACCCUGCUGCCUCAGCCUAUAAGGAGCUGGUUACGUUUGCCAAGUAUGUUGUGAACCGGUUCUUCUCUCUCACUGCCCAGAAUAGCAAAGCCUUCAUCGAGCUACUUUUCUGGAAGAAUGUUGGCACUGUGAGACAGAUGACUGAGGGCUACAGUGCAGAUGAUGAUGGUGCUCAGAAAAAAGCCAAAUGGACAGCAGAGGAUGAAGAGGAGCUUCGACGGGUAUAUGAAGAAUAUAAGGAUUCUGGAGUUCCUGACAUUGUGGAGACCCUUCUGCCAUUGCUCAGCACAGACCGCACCAGACGACAGGUUGUGAUCCAAAUGGUGUCUAUGGGUUUGGUGGACAGCGUAAAGGACCUGAAGAAAGACAGAAAAGGUACUCGUAUUGUGCUCUGGACUGAGGAGCAGGAACAGGAGCUGCAGAUGCUCUUUGAGGAAUACAAGGAUUCUGAUGAUGUGCUGGGAAAUAUACUGAAGCGCCUGACUGCUAAACGCUCAAGAGCACGAGUCAUGGAUAAAAUCAUCAGCAUGGGCCUGGUUUCUGAGCGCAAAGAUCUAUAUAAGAAACGACAACGUGGUGCUGCUGGGAAAAGCCGGGGAAUGACUGAGGAGGACUUUUUUGCUGACCUGAGUGGAGAACCCAGAGAUGAUAUGAUUCACAUGGAUGAGGAAGAAAAUGAAGAAUUGGAGGAAGAAGAUGAUGAUGAUGAUGAAGAAGAAGAAAAAGAAGAGAUUAGACCUGUCCGAGAAAGGAAAGUCAACAGGCGAGAGAGUGUUUUGGAAAAAAACCUCAGUGUGGGAUCUAUGGCUCAGAGCUUACGGGGAGAAGGCAUGUCAGGGCCGAUCUUGUGGCUUCAGAACUGCCUGAACAGAGCAGCAGAUGAUCGGGAAGAAGAUGGUGUUUCUCACCCUGUGGCACUGGUUCCUCUGACAGAGGAGAACGAAGAUGCCAUGGAGAACAAAAAAUUUCAAAGGCUUCUUCGCAAAGUUGGCAUCCGUGCACCAGCUGAUGAACAGGAGUCUUUCUGGAGGAUCCCUGCAACUAUGAGCAUCUAUCAGCUACGGUCAAUUGCGGCAUCUUUAGACCAGGCAGAGGAAAGCGAGGUCACAGUUCAAGAGGAAACUGAUGCAGGGAUGACAGUGAAUCCUGAAUUGGCACAGAACAACGAGGAAGGCCAUGACUUACAGGAGCUCAGAGCUCAGGCGCUUCGAGCCCUGCUGCUGGCUCGCCAGAGGAAGCAUUCCUCUGAAGACACAAAAAAAGAUUCUUUUGAUGUGGAGGCCACUUCUGAAAGUGGAGCACAAAGUGCUGCUGCUGUUGAAGGUAAAACAUCAGGGAAGAGGAGUCGUGUGUUGGACAGUGAUGAUGAUGAUGAGGAUGAGACAGGUGAGGCCUCUCCUUCUAGAAUGAACGUUGAAACUGAGGGAGGCAAUCAGUCAGACGAGGAAACUCGCUCUGCUCCUGCUAAGCGAAGGCGCCACAGGGUGCUGAGUGAUGACGAGGAAGACGACUAGAAGCUUUGAAUUUGGACCAGCCAGCCACCCCCCAAGCACUCCCACCACCAACUGCAGAAACACACACAAACACCAACCCCAACAAAAUCAGUGACUCCAUUCAACCAGUUCACAUUACAGUCCACUUUUGCACACGUUUGAACAAUUUAAAACUUUUGUUUGUUUGAGCUACUUUGGGUUUUAUGUCUGGAGUAAAGCAAAAGUGUGGGCCUGAUGCUGCAGAUGUAAACAGCUUGGUAAUCUUCACGUAAAUCAGAUUUAGAUAUUGCUUCUUGAAAGGAAGACGUGGUCUGAAGGAAACAUCUAAAUAUAAGGACUGUUUUCUUUGCUGAGAAUAUCCACAAGCUGUUUGGAGGUGCAGUUUUUGUACAUAUAAAAUUGUUUCUAGAACGAUAAUAAUUUAGAAUUGGGAUUCUUGAUGGUGUCUUAAUUUCAGACUUUGGAAAUGUUGGUGGCCACAUUUGAGCUCCACCCUCUAGCCUCAACAGAACCAUGCAGCUCUGCCCCAGAACACAUUCAACGCAUUCACAUGCACAUGUACUAUCUGGACUUCAGCAAGUGUAAAGGUUUAAUACAUUCAUGUCAUACAAUUAGCACUAUUCUACAUCUCUACAUUUUUCCUUGACUUGAUUUCAUAUCCUUGUUUUGCCUCAAGAAUUACCACUCUGGGCAGCAGAAUCUUUGUUGCAAUAAAUAAUUGUCCCUGGUUUGGUGCUGGUUAUAAAAAUGGUUAGUGUUGGAGAUCUUAUCUUUAGUGCUUUUGUUUUCAGAUUGUGUUCUGUCACUGUGGGAUAGAUUAUGCUACGGUCUGCAUCUGUUGAAUAAAGUUUGAUUAAAUAAAUAUAAUUUACAAAUUG